AUGUUAUCCUCAGCUCUCCUGUCCGCACAGAAACCAUUCUGCUCCUCACCUAAUACUCCAGCUCUUUCAAUCCACUUACACAAUCUGGCAUUCAACACCGCACUGAACACAUUGCCUACACCGAUCAGCCUUCCAAAGUCCACAGUCCAGUGGUCCACCUGGCACCUGCACAUGACGUGCUACCCUGUGUUCUCUAAAAUUUUUGAAAUCAUUAUGAAGAACUUCCUCAUGAACUACCUCAAUAAACAGAAAAUCUUGAAUAACAGGCAGUUUGGUUUUUGCCCAGGACUAAAUACUUUUGAUGCUAUAAAUGUGUUUACCACUGAUCUCCACAAUGCUUUAAAUAACCUUAAGUCUAUCAUUUCCAUUUUCAUUGAUUUCAGCAAAGCAUUUGACACAGUUGACCCAAACAUUCUAACAUUCUCUACAGAUUCCUCAUCACAGUUUAACUUUCUACCAACACUCUCUAAUGUUCAAAGGUCCCAACAUAUGGAAUAG